CCGAGUCGUCUGUACAGGUACUGUGAGGUGCUCCGCCCCGGUUACCCCGUCAAAAUGGGGCCUAGACGCGCGGCCACGGAUAUCGCGUUGAGUCCUGCUGUCAGUCCUAACGCGAAGCCGAUCGGUCUCCGAAGCGCAAACAAGCAAAGUCCGCGCUCGCGAAUUGGCCUGCUGGAAGCGAAGUACUUUCGCGCCAUCAGGGGAGCUUUGCCGGGUGGUGUUUUUCGGCGGUGGUUUUUGAGAAGCGGCCAGGGGUGCUUUCUGGUGAGGGUUUUCGGGAUUGUUUUCAUAUCAGCGACUUUCGACGGUCGAUUUUUUCUACGAGGUUUUCUCAUGGGCGCUCUUUCGAGGGGUGGCAUAUGGAGGCUGGGGGUGUUGAUGUGGAUUGCAGCAGUAGAAGCAGCCAGAAGUGGCAGCGGGGGGCUGAAGGGAAUGUACUGGAGACAUGACGCUCUUGCUGUCGCUAGGUGUGAAGUUAGCUGCGGGAGGAACGGAGGUUCUGCAGCUGGAGCUAGCGGAGGUAGAACGUGCUUGAAGACAUGCCUGAAUCGCAACACGCUGAAACCAGGAAGUUGUCCUCUAAGCAAUAGCAUAUUCUCCCCAUUUGCUGCUGCAUGUAUAGAAGAAUGCAAGAUGGACAGGCAUUGCAACGGCUUGAAGAAGUGUUGUCUAAACCCUUGUGGAGUGACUUGCCAAAGUCCUGUUGGCUUGGAAUUAGUAGAAGGCUUGCCCGAGGUACCGACAAACGUGAGAGCCGAAAGACGUAAAAAACGAACCGUUUACAUAGAAUGGUCCGCGUCUCGAGGUCCAGGCCGGACUUUAUACUUGAUAGAAGAACGUCAUCACUCUGGCAAGGUGUUCAAAGAGUACAAACUGUCAGAGUGGCGCGCCUGUUCCAAACCUGGAAGAUUAGCACCAGCUUGAGGCACUUCAUGAAAGCAGGAAGUUGGUACCAGUUCAGAGUGGCAUCUGUCAACGAGAACGGAACCUGUGGCUUCUCGGAGAACUCUCUGCCUGUCAG